AUGCACCUCGCUGCUCUUCUCGUCGCCAUCCUCCCGGCCGUGGUCCUGGCCCGUCCGUACCUCCCCUUGGAUCUUCCCACUCUGCCUCCGAACACGGCGGCGCCUGAUGUUCCCGUCAUUCCGCGUGACGCAUUCGAGGCUGCCGCUCUCGAGCUGGUCGAGGCCGACCAAGCAUGA